AUAUUCCAAUUUAUUGAAUAUAUCAAAACAUCAACCAAUGGUGAUAUGAUGUCAUAAAAUCUUAAAUUAAGACAUUGUUUUUAGCUCCAUGGUAUCAAAAAUACCAAACCGACCUCAGGAAUUAUGUGAUAGAAUGGUUAGAAGCAUGGGUACGAAACAAAUGUUUUACAGGCACGAAAUGGAAGUAGGAAGGGACGAAAUGGCAACACGUAGGUAUGGGAUUGGGGUACGAAUACACUCUAAAUAAAGUAUGUCUUAUUAAAGAAAGGAAUACUAGAUUUUGUCACUCAUGCCUGGCACUUCAAGACAGAUCAUAAGACAUUUUCUCUACAUUGGAAACCAAAUGAUUAGUCUGAUGUUUAUUUAUUUGCAUGUUUAUUCUAACAUACCUUUAAUUCAAUAAAAAUCCAUUAAGAAAUAAAAUUAACAGAAGGCCGUCGAAACAAUUCGGUUAUUAGACAUAUUUGAAAUUAACAAAAUAAAUCUUUGAUUAUAUAGAGAUAUCAGCCAAUGUAAAAAGAAUAUGUUGAAGUGUGAAACUGUUAUACAGUGUUUGUAUGUGGCCUGAUUAGCUUGAAUCUCCAUUCAUUUAAACUCAGAAUAAUUGACCUGGACUAUAAUAAUCAUAAUAUUUAUCACAUUUUAGUGAGAGUGCCUCAUGACGUGACAAUGUUCCUCUGUGGCUUUGCUGCUCCGUCGUUUGUUUUGUGUCAUUGCUCCCACUAGCGGUGAAUUAGGUAACUGCAUCUCACUCCCAAACAUCCCGGCUCUCGGAAGGCCGUAACCCUCCAAGCACUGAACGUCCAUGAACAUGUUUUUAUGGCUUAUUUAAGGUUGGUCAGGGGCUCUCUCUAUUCAGCCCAGAAAGCGAGGCUUGGUUGGCCUAUUUGAUCAACUCUUUAGCUAUUUUCAGACAUCGGUAAAUGUCUUUAAGUUAACAUCUUUUCAUCUUUUUAACCACAUUUAGUCUACUCUUGAUUUAGGCCUAACGUAACUUCCUGUUUUCUGUCCAUUUAAAGCCAGAUUUAAUACAACAGCAGCAGACGCGUGUCCAAACAUAAGAGCCUUUGUAAAAUGUGUCAGUAGAAAUCAGAAAAACUGGAGAUGUUUCCAGAUCCUUCAAUAACAAACACGUCAUUUAUUACUGUUUUGCGCAUUGGAUUAUUGGAGGGUCUGAGAGGAGAGUCUGCGCACUGGACUGCAAGAAAAAGCAAAUAUCUCCACAAGGAACUCUGCUAUUUAAAAGUUAUUCAUUCAGUUUAGAGAAAAAAUAAAACCAAACAAACAAAAAUAGUUCUAGAUGCAUCCGCAAAUGCAUCCGAAUAUUUCAGAUUUAUUUUUCAGACAAAGGUCACACACAGAUAUAUUAAGUACAGGAUUAGACAGUAAAUGAAAAAUAACCCCCAAAUAAAAAAGAGGAAGCAGGAAUUUGCAUUAUAACGUAUGAAUUUGUAACUGUAACGUCAAAAAGUGUCUUAUGCCUGAUCUGUCUGACAAUCACUUACUACACAAAGUUAAGCGACAUUUUUAUUUUAUUUUUGCUCUGUAGAACCAGUGCUCGGUGUAGACCACAACUUCAGUGUUUCUCAGCUCGUUUUCCCCACUAUCCUCCGACUUUAUAACACAUCCCAUUCAUCUUUUGUUUUCCUUCGCUAGUUUUAUUUUUAAUUAUACAACUGAUUCGUCUGACUGACUUGAGAAACAAUGUGGUUGGAGCACAACAAAAAGGACAUGCUAAUGGAUUAUGGUCCAUCAGAAAUAAAUAAACGCAAUGUUUUGUUUUAGCUUGAGCUCGGUCAAGUCUGUAUGUUAAUCAGUUUUUUGAAUAUAUUAACAGAUGUUUUAAAUUCUUUUUCAGAUUUUGUUCUAGUUGCAGCAUUCUUGCUCUAAGGCAGUUUAUAUUCCCAAGUCAGAAAAAAUGGAGAUAUAUGAUUUAUUAUUAUUGAGGAGAUUUUACUUAAGACUUUCGGGAGAACAAUUCGGUUUAAUGUCAGAUGGAAAUUUUGAAACACAACCUGCUGUUACUGUUUUAUACUGUCUUAUGCUCUUCCUUUAAUUAAUGGACAAAAUAAAACUUAAAUAAUCUAAAAUAAAAUGAUUUCCGUCUGCAAGAAUGUUAUUUUAUUUUAUGGGCUCGAUUACCCAUAAUGUGCUUUGUAUUUGUUUUAAAAUAAAUGGCAUCUUAAUUGGAGCUCUAAAUGGAAACUGUGCCUGAAAUUUACUUUCAUACAUUUUUCAUCUCAUGUCAGCGAUUUGUCAUAUUUAUUAUUAUCAUAAAUAAGAGGCUACUAUGCCAUCUGACCGGGUCAUUUUUCAUAAGUGAAAACGCAAAUAAAUAUAUACCUUAUUUUAUUCUGCUAAUCAACCAGAUAUCCUCCAGUCCUUUUUUCAAGGUCCCAGCUUAAAGAAUCCUGUCCGCAUUUUAUCAGAAACUCAUAACAUUAAAGCGAUUAGACCUUUUUCUUUGAAGAGAAUCAAAACCAAAGCUGCAUUACCCAUAAAUGUCAGGAUGCUAUUAAUUACAACACUGAAUGCUCACCAGCACAGGAAAAAUAAGGGUAUCUUAAUGUGUUUCUAUACAGAUCUGAGAGGGUUUUUAUGCUUAAAAGGUGACACUGGCUGAGCAAAAGGAUCACUGUGACGCAUGCGGCUUUCACGCUCGGCAUGCCAUGACAAGUAAAAAUGGAUUUGUUUGCGGCAAAUAGGCCGUGCCCAAAGGUUUAUAUCGGGGCGUUGCAAACAGAGAGAGCGUGGCAGCCUCCUCUCUGCAAAUAACCCGUCUGUUAUUCAUAGCUCAUGACCGUCUGCAUUGAACGUGAAACUCAAGGUUUUUCCUGACCGCGUAUAAUUAGUUCAUCGUGCAGUUUUUCCACUUUUACAUCAAAAAUCCUUUCGGAUUGAGGUGCACUCCGGAUAUAGUUCAAUAUACUGGUAAAUCAAAGAUAAACACUGACAGUAGUUGAUGCAUGAAGUUAGGUGCAGUUUUGGGUUUAGUAAACAAAGUUAAACCUGUGCGCUUUAAAUGAAUAUUGGUCCAAGGCACAAAUAAAACAUAUACCUAUCGUUAUAUUCCAUUGUCCUUUCCCCAUUCCCACCUUUAGAACAUGCAGCCUGAUUCUGAUUACUCUGCUCAGCCUGAUUGGUCUAUAAACAGCCGGAGGAGCAAUAUUGCAUUCACUCUGUGUGUGUUCCAGAUUUAUUUUACGCAUGAUGAACACACAUUAGUCACAUGCAUGUGACUAAUGGAGCUCUGUAAGUCUUCUCCAUGAUGCUCCUAUUUUAAAAAAGACGCCAGAGGUUAAUGGAAGGCUGAGGAGAGGACGGAGUUUUUGCAAAGUGGCCGGUGCAACAGCUUGGUUUGAAGCUGCACCUUUAUCGUGUGAGCGUGGAAAUCAGAUAGAAGCAACCCUCACUGGAGCUGUACAUGCGGACCAGCAAGAAGUGUCCAGAAUGUCCCAAAAUUCCCGAUGCAAAGAUUGGCUUUUCCAGCUGAAAAACUAUUUGACUCAUAUAGCCAACACACGUCGAGAUGCAGGCUAUUUGUCAAAUUGUGCCAGUGGUCACAUGGCUUUGGCCCUCAGGAAUGGAUGGAGAUGGAUCCCCCACGUCAGCUUGUACGUCUAAGGGUUUCUGCUCCAGCAGUCUGCCUCAAAGUGGCUGGAGCGCAGAGUCGCGCAGGAACAAUGCGAGGAUUAUUACCAUAGAGCGACCCCAGCUGCAGAAUAUGGAUUUUGAUGAACGGAUGUCUGGUUCCAGUAUGUAUUUACCGAGUUGCACUUACUACGUUUCCGGAGCGGACUUCUCGGGUCUCCCUCACUAUUUAACCCAGAACCAGUCCUCCUGCCCCGUCACGUACCCAUACCAGUCCUCAGCGCUGACACAGGUUCCGUCAGUGAGAGACGUGGCUUUCAGAGACUAUGGCAUUGAUGCUUCCAGUAAAUGGCACCACAGCAGGGGGAGUCUCUCGCACUGCUUCGCCGAGGACGUCGCGCACAGGGACGGCUGGGCGAGCCCGACGUCCAGGGGGGCAGAGAUCCUGGUGAAAGGCGGCCACCCCAGCUCCUCCAAUCCGACCCAGGGCUUCUGUGGCAGCGUCGGUAGGAACGGCGUCCUGCCGCAGGCGUUCGAUCAGUUUUUCGACACGGCGUACGGGAGCGCGGAGGGCGGCGGCGCGCCGGCUGCAGCGGACGCUGAGAGGGACUGCAAAACGAGCCCGGCUCAGGCUCACCCAGGUUCCGACACGGCGGAUAGCUGCAGCCCGGAGUCGCCAUCCGGCCACAGCGAGGAGAAGCAGAGCAGAGGCGGCAGUGGCCAGAGGACGCGCAAAAAGAGGUGUCCGUACACCAAGUACCAGAUCAGGGAGCUGGAGAGGGAGUUCUUCUUCAGCGUUUACAUCAACAAGGAGAAGCGCCUGCAGCUCUCCAGGAUGCUCAACCUGACGGACCGCCAGGUGAAAAUCUGGUUUCAGAACAGGAGGAUGAAGGAGAAGAAACUGAACAGAGACCGUUUACAGUACUACAGCACAAACCCUCUCAAUGUUUUUGCACAAGAAAUUUCAGACAGAGAGGGCCAUCUUCAUCCGCCGCCAAAUAACAGCGCGACGAUGUCAUGUUCCAACAACCAGGCUGGGAACUCUUUCUUUGUGAACUCCUUAAUCAACGUGAGAACUGACGGCGCACCUUAUUACCAAAGUAACAGUCUCUAUUUGCCACCGGCCUCGGAAUAUUCAUAUGGACUCUCUGGCGGCUCCUGUUUCCCGGUAGUCGGGAAGCGCAGCGAGCCGACGACCCAAAGCACGAUCCCGUCCUCGGUUCCGUAUGUCCAGGGGAUGGAAACGUGGGUGGAAACGUCCAGGUCCUGCCGGGUCGAUCAACCCUGCAGCGGCCAGCGUUUAGCUCAGUGUUCAUUCUCUCCGAGCAUAAAGGAGGAGAGCGGCUGCUGUCUUUAUGAGUCUGACAAAUUGCCUAAAGGAGCGACAGCGGAUGACAUAUCCUACUCGACCGCGUCCUGCCCGAUUACCCCCGGCAGCACCGUGCCGGUCCCGGGCUACUUCCGCCUGUCUCAGACCUACGCGUCCUCCAGGCUUUAUCAGGAUGUUCAACCACACACGAAUCACUUCACUCUGCAGCGACCCGGUCGCUUUGAAGGCCAGCCCUCCCAGUCGCAGUCCGCCUCUGCGGAGCCGGAGCGCGGGGAGAGCCACGAGGAGGCGCCCGUCUCUGCGCCGUGCGCGCCGGCCAGGGAGGAGGAGGAAAGCCGCCUCUCCUUGGAGAGCUCAUCUUCCACGGAGCCCGCUGAGACGUGCGGCGCGGAGUGUUCAGACAAGUCCGUAAAAGGAGCUGGGAAAAUGGCGAGCACGGCCAACUGGCUGACAGCAAAGAGCGGCAGGAAGAAGCGCUGCCCCUACACCAAGCACCAGACUCUGGAGCUGGAGAAGGAGUUCCUCUUCAACAUGUACUUGACUCGGGAGCGUCGCCUGGAGAUCAGCCGCAGCGUGCACCUCACCGACAGGCAAGUCAAAAUCUGGUUCCAGAACCGGAGGAUGAAACUGAAAAAGAUGAGCCGUGAGAACAGGAUCCGGGACCUCUCCAGCAACUUUGGGUUUUCGUGAGACUUUGAUGAGAAACGGCCUCCUCCUCCACUUCAUCCUCUCCCCCUCCUCCCCCUUCUCUCCCUACCCAAACUGUGAGAGUAUAGCCUUGGAGAAACAGGACCCAACUGCUAACUUAUUGAUCAGAGCUGUUCUUGUCUUGGAUUUGUAUUUAUACAUGGUCACAUUUGAUCCAUCUAGUUGUUCAGGCUUGUACAUAUUGUGCGCUCAAUCUGAACGAUCCAUUGGAAAUUGCAUGCUGGACUGAGCACUGGCUCAUCUGUGUCACAGUUACAUGUAGGCCUGAAUGUGAAAAAACAAGAGGUUUGGUGAAUAUUUAGCUGAUCAGAUGAAUAAAAACAAUAUAGCCACAUACGUCUUAUUUCGCUCAGAA